CCAGCCCUCCACCCCCCGCCCCGCACCUUGCCUCUCCCUUCUCAGCCUCUUCUAUGCUGCCAGGUAAAGCCUGGAGCUGAUGAUGGGAUCCCCCCUCCCUCCCCACCAGGUCCUUCCCUCCUUCCCUCCCUCACUGGCGCCCAUUAGCUAGCCCAGGCCGUGGGGGCGGUGGCUGCUGAGCCUCUGUGCCAGGCCCAACCCCCGGAGACGCACCUGUUCUGACCUGUUGAGCAGGUUCCCAGGUUUCUGCCAUCGUUGUUGGCCACGGCGUGGGAAGCAGCUCUAGGGGAGCUCCGAGCUCCCGACCACGGCCUUUGGGGGGUAGCUCUAGCUGGGUGGGCACAGCAGGGCUGGACCCCAGAGGGACAGGAAGGUGUGUUCAGGCCUGAAGACGCUGUGAUCUGCUGUCUCCCGGUCGGUGCCCUCUCCAGCCCUAGAGCCGGCUCCCAGGGAGAACGCGGUGGGACUUCAGAAACACUGGGCAGCUCCACCUCCUGAACGAUGCCCCUGUCCCUGGGAGCCGAGACGUGGGGGCCCGAGGCCCUGCUGCUGCUGCUGCUGCUGGCAUCAUUUACAGGCUGGUGCCGGCCCGGCGAGCUGGAGACCUCGGACCUGGUGACCGUGGUGCUGGGCCAGGACGCCAAGCUGCCCUGCUUCUACCGAGGGGACCCCGGCGAGCAGGUGGGGCAGGUGGCCUGGGCUCGGGUGGACGCGGGCGAGGGCCCCCGGGAGCUAGCGCUGCUGCAUAUCCAAUACGGGCUGCACGUGAGCGCGGCCUACGAGGGCCGCGUGGAACAGCCACCGCCCCCACGGAGCCCCCUGGACGGCUCCGUGCUCCUGCGCAACGCGGUGCAGGCCGACGAGGGCGAAUACGAGUGCCGCGUCAGCACCUUCCCCGCGGGCAGCUUCCAGGCGCGGCUGCGGCUCCGCGUGCUGGUGCCUCCCCUGCCCUCUCUGAACCCUGGUCCCGCGCUAGAAGAGGGCCAGGGUCUGACGCUAGCAGCCUCCUGCACAGCAGAGGGCAGCCCAGCCCCCAGCGUGACCUGGGACACGGAGGUCAAGGGCACCGCAUCCAGCCGCUCGUUCAAGCACUCCCGCUCAGCUGCUGUCACGUCAGAGUUCCACCUGGUGCCCAGCCGCAGCAUGAAUGGGCAGCCGCUCACCUGCGUGGUGUCCCACCCCGGCCUGCUCCAGGACCAGAGGAUCACCCACAUCCUCCAUGUGGCCUUCCUCGCUGAGGCCUCUGUGCGGGGCCUUGAAGACCAAAAGCUGUGGCAGGUUGGCAAAGAAGGAGCUGCCCUCAAGUGCCUGAGCGAAGGGCACCCCCCACCCUCGUACAACUGGACACGGUUGGACGGGCCCCUGCCCAGCGGGGUCCGAGCGGAAGGGGACACGCUGGGCUUUCCUCCCCUGACCACGGAGCACAGUGGCAUCUACGUCUGCCACGUCAGCAAUGAGCUCUCCUCCAGGGACUCUCAGGUCACUGUGGAUGUUCUUGACCCUCAGGACACCCCCGGGAAGCAGGUGGACCUGGUGUCGGCCUCUGUGGUGGUGGUGGGUGUGAUCGCCGCCCUCCUGUUCUGCCUUCUGGUCGUCGUGGUGGUGCUCAUGUCUCGGUACCAUCGGCGCAAGGCUCAGCAGAUGACCCAGAAGUAUGAGGAGGAGUUGACCCUGACCAGGGAGAACUCCAUCCGGAGGCUGCAUUCCCAUCACGCGGACCCCAGGAGCCAGCCGGAGGAGAGUGUAGGGCUGAGAGCCGAGGGCCACCCUGAUAGUCUCAAGGACAACAGUAGCUGCUCUGUGAUGAGUGAAGAGCCAGAGGGCCGCAGUUACUCCACACUGACCACGGUGAGGGAGAUCGAAACACAGACAGAACUGCUGUCUCCGGGCUCUGCGCGGGCCGAGGAGGAGGAAGACCGGGAUGAAGGCAUCAAACACGCCAUGAACCAUUUCGUUCAAGAGAAUGGGACCCUGCGGGCCAAACCCACGGGCAAUGGCAUCUACAUCAAUGGGCGGGGGCAUCUGGUCUGACCCAGGCCUGCCUCCCUCCCCUGAACCCGGCUCCUUCUGCUGACCUGGGGAAUCUCUACUCAUCAUGGGGGCCUCCCUACACACUUUGUUUCUUGAGGAAGCUGCUCCCCGUCCCACUGACUGCUCGACAUUUUCCUCCAACCCUUCUGUUCGGCGAGGGUGGGGCUCUGCCGGUUGAGUCCUCCCCACCCUCCCGU